GCGCAGGCGGUGGAGAAUGCCAAGGCCAAGGUGUCCAAGGCUCAGCUGAAGGCUAAGGAGGUUGUUCAGGACAAGCACGUCCAGGCCACCGCUGCGGGGGCUGUGGGGGGAGCCGCCACACUGGGUGCCACCGGGGGUGCCACCGGCCUCGCGGCCGGCGGCGUGGCCGGGGCCGCCCUGGGGGUGAUCCCUGCACUCUUCACCUUCGGGCUGUCCAUCCCCGUGGGCGCCGCCAUUGGCGGCACCGCAGGCCUUGCGGUGGGCGCCUCUGUUGGCGCGGCCGCGGGCGCGGCGUCCGGGGGCGCGGCGGGGUUCCAGGCCUACGCCAAGCGCGAGCAGAUCGGUGAGUUCCGCCAGAGCACCUUGAACAAGGUGAACACCGGCGUGGAUGCGGUCAAGGGCAAGGCCGUGGCCUCCGCGCAGUUCCUCAAGGACAAGGCCUCCGCGGCGCGUGUGCGGCUCUCCGGAAAGGCGGCCAAGGCAGCAUAAGGCAAGAGGCAGGAUGAGGUCUUGACGGUCUUCGCGUGGCAUGAGGCCACGGGCGUUUUCCUCAGUUUGCUGCAGGGAAGGGGCGGGCCCUUAUUGUGCCGGCAAGAUGUGGCUCCUUGGGGGGCCACAUGUGUGUUCGGGCCGGUUGUGUUGGGGCUACAGGGCUCCCAAGUUGUUUCAAGGUGUUUGGGUCCCAGGCCUUCCCUGGCGCAAUUUCCAGAACCCAUAUUUUCCAUGGCACGCUCGUCGCCUUGGACUCCUCGGGGUAGGCUAGGGCCGCCUUGUUGGAGACUGGCGGCUCCAAUUCGUAGCGAAGCUGGGCUCUGGGCAAUCUGCAGGCCAGCCCAGCGAAAGUUUUCGUCCAGCUUGUCGUCCGUGAACCCGAGCACCGUCCGACGUUGGAAUCGCCAGGAUUGCGCGAGGUACCGGCCGGAGGCUUUGGCUUGAGGCC